UUGCAGAUUGUUCCAUGCAUGAGGAUAAAUUUUUGGAUAUCACUGAUAAAAGGGCGAAGAAUCUGGAUAUUGAAUGGUUUGAAUCAUUUCGUCGGUGUACUGUAUUGAGUACUUUCGGUUCAUAUAUGGAUCAUUUUGAAGUGGAACAACUGCGUUCGUUUAUGCGGUCAAUACUUGAAGCUGUAUUAAAGAACUAUAAAUGUGAUGCAGAUUUCGAAAUAAGUGCUAAGGAAAAGAAGAAGCGCAAGUUACUGAUGCAGUGCCUCGUAAAUGCGGCGAAUGGUUCGGAAAAUCUUCGUUCAUGUGCUGAUGAUUAUACAGAGAGUUGUCUCAGAGCGUUACUGAAAUUGGAAUGGUUACAAAACGAAGCAUUUGCUGCCGUGAUUAAUUUUUCAAAACCUGAAAAUGGAGAGAUGUACUAUAAGAUUGCAUUUGAAUGCAGCAUCUUAUGGAAUCAAGUUUGCCGUGACAUAAAAAAAUUAGGGAGCAACGAAGUGGAUAUGAUGACAAGGAGUAGUAGUGAAUCUCAAAAUUGUGAGGCCCUGACAAAAGCUUAUGAUAAAAGAUCCUGGUUAUUGGCGAUAUUUGCUAAAUAUUUGGAAGUUAAUGAUGACUUUCUUAAUGUUUGUGGGGAAAUCAUUGAACCAUUUUCUAUUGAUACAUUUAUUGACAUUGUCGACACUGUGAUGGAAUUUGGUAAAAAAGGUUGUAAUAUUAAACUUGCUGCCGGGAAUGUAAGAUAUAUAUUAACCUUCUUAGAAAAGGCACUAAGGGAAUUCGGCACAUUUGAAAAAGGUAAUAAAAUGGAAGAAGAAUACAAAGGGAUGAACAACUUUAACAGUAUCUUCCGCAUCCAUGUUUUAUUGGAAAUGAUUUUGGAAUUAGUUUCCCUGGAACAAUAUCACUCAAUAUUUAAAGCAGAUAUAACAGCUGCGAAAUUGAUUCUUCACAUAAUGGAGGGGGUACUGCACUACGAUUACUGCAAAUACCAAAGUGAAGCAUGCAUUUCGAAAUCCCAAAAGAAAUUCAGCGAUCGACCUAGGAUUAAACUGCUACCAAGGAAUGCAGCUAAUAUAAGCUGCGUUUAUAAUUUCGCUAUAGCUUUAAGCAUGUUUGAUGAUGUGAAGCUGAUUGAAACCAUGAAAUUGUCGUGCCUAGAGUUACUGGGUAUUCUAUGUUACGAAAAUGACUUAAACCGUGAAUACCUUGGAGCAAAUGACAGUAUUUCAUUAUUAUUAAGUUGCAUGUAUAUACGCGAUGACCAUAAUCCGAUUGGGAGACUUUAUGCAAUUGCUGGCCUGCGACAUUUAGUUUUAGGUUAUCCACCAAAUCAGUUACGACUUGCUCAACUUCCAGAGGUACCGUCGGCAAUUAUCGAACGAGAUGGUUUGUUGAGAUCAUUAGGUUUGUGUGCUGUGUAUGACCAGGAAACAAAGAAGAUUCAACUCAAGCCAGUAUCACGAUAAGCAGAAGUACUUCUUUUUACAGUGGAACACUCUCUUUAAUGUGAGACGGAAUGCAGAAAAGAGGAAGAUAAUAUAGUAUUGAAUAACACAAGAUGUUGAGGCUGAU